UACGCGGACACUAACGCGACCGGGAAGUAAACAUUGAUUCACUUCCUGGUCUUUCAGUCAAACACAAGGAAGAGACUGUUCUGGAUUAAAUUAAACUACAAGAUAUGGGUCUUGUUGGUACAGCUGUGGCCAUUGGAGCAGGGGCGGUAGGUGCUGUGUUCCUGGCUCCUGUCGCUCUGGGAGCUGCAGGUUUCACCGCAGCUGGAGUAGCUGCAGGCUCCAUCGGUGCUAAAAUGAUGUCUGCUGCUGCGGUUGCUAACGGAGGAGGAGUGGCAGCAGGAGGUGUGGUGGCUGUUCUGCAGUCAGCAGGUGCAGCUGGUUUGUCGGGAGCUGCCACUGCAGCUGCAGCCGGGGUUGGAGGAGCAGUGGGAUGGCUGGCCAGCUUUAUCCCCAGAAAAUAAUAAAGGAACAGCAUAAAUUUAGUACAAUGGAGAAGUUAAUCAUUUAAAGCUAUAAUAUUUCCACAUUAAAAUGUUUCUAAACACUAGACCUAUAUUAUGUUUUGUUGAGUUGUGUACUUACAUUAUCUCAAAUGUUUCCAACAAUGUUCAAACCCAGAGAAAUUCAUAAUUUUAUUCAGGUAACAGUGCAUUUCACCUGGUUGUCUGUCAAUGGAGUCACAUCCCCUUUUUGGAUACAUCAGCAUUUCGGUUGUCUACCAGAGUCAUAAACUUUAUCCAGUUUUUCCAGGAUAUACAUUUUUAGAUCUUGCUCAUUUCAUAUUAUAACGCAGAUGAAGGAUUCUAACACUGCUAUGGUCUCUUAAGGAUAAAAGUGAUUGUGCUACCUCAUGUCCUAUUAGAGUAGGCUGCACACUGCCAGACACAUUGUAGUUUCUCCAGGUCUAUUAUUUAUUGCAUCCUGCCAGGACAUUCUUCAUUAAAUAACUAGCAAAUUAUUUAUUAAUACAUUCAAUUCAGAUUCAUUUAAUGGUUAUAUGUCACUUCAAUUGAAAUGCAUGAGUUCCCAUGCAUAUUCCCUGCUGGCCAAACCUCUAAACUGCUUAGCAGAAAGUGAGAGCUUCCACCUGUUACUCUGUGCACUUUACUAGUCCCCAUUACUGUGACAAUAAAACAUACAAUGUUUCCACAUUGCAGAAUUAAAUAGGCUAUAUUGUAUAUCCAUCAAGUUCAGAUAUUUUAACCAGUAACUGAACUGUGAUUGCACAUUUCACUUGUUCUCAUUGAACUGUUAUUACUGCGCGCAUCUUACUCAGCCUGGAUAAGUGGACUACAAGGAAGAAACUGAUGGAAUAUCUACACACUAUAUACAAAUAUAACUAUGAAAAAGAAGUAAUAACAAUCAGUAGAGGGCAGCAAUACGCCAUUGUAACUUUUAGCUUGCAGAUGAUGAAGAAGAAGCAGCAGCAGCAGAAGGAAAGGAAGAAGAAGACAGCAGCUCUUUCCUGCAGAAAUGGACGUACGCAAGAAGCUAGCGAUCCAAGUAGUUUGUGCGCUGAUGUGCAGCGAGAAAACACGGAAGAAAAAGAAAAGACUAUGGAGGAGAGAGUGGUCGGGGUCGGGGAGGCGCGGGCAGCAAGGACUGUCUGUUCUGCAGAGAGAGUUGGAGAUGCACGACAGGACUGGGUUCAGGGAGAUGCUGCGGAUGACAGCAGAGGAGUUUGACGUCCUGCUGGGGAUGGUCGGACCCCUCAUUACCAAACAGCACACCAAGAUGAGACGGGCCAUAUCCCCAAGAGAGCGCCUGUCUUUGACCAUGCGGUUCUUAGCAACAGGUGUAACAUUCAGGUCCCUUAGCUUCCAGUACAGGAUUGGGGCCAGCACUAUUUCACUGAUAGUUAUGGAGACCUGUGCCGCUCUGUACCAGGUCAUGAAGAAAGACUUCCUGAAGACACCAUCAACGGAGGCAGAAUGGCGGACAAUAGCACAGGACUUUGAAUUGAAAUGGCAAUUUCCACAUUGCCUCGGUGCGCUUGAUGGAAGACGGAUCUACAUACAACCUCCAGCAAAAAGUGGAAGCCUUCACCACAGUUACAAGGCCGGGUUCUCUGUGAUAAUGAUGGCGGCUGUGGAUGCAAAUUACAAGUUCAUCUAUACCUGUGUGGAUACCCAAGGUCGGGUCUCAGAUGCUGGACUUUUCGCUCAAUCUGACCUGCGUAAAGCGAUGGAUCGGGACCUGCUGAACUUUCCUCCACCUGAUUCACUGCCCAACUCCGACAUAACAAUGCCGUACAUGUUUGUAGGCAAUGAGGAAUUUCCUUUAAGGCCUGACCUCAUGAAGCCGUAUCCGUGCAGGCAGAUGGACCAAAGUCAACGGGUACUGAACUACCGUCUCUCAAGGGCCUGGAGAGUGGUGGAAAAUGCAUUUGGCAUUCUUGCAAACAGGUUGAGGGUUUUCAGGUCCACCAUAUGUUUAGAACCAGAAAAGGUGGUUAAGAUAACUAUGGCCUCCCUAUGCAUCCAUAACUUCCUCUGUGAGCGCAGGUCUGAGGCCUAUACACCUCCAGCCUUUGCAGAUUGGGAGAAUGCUGACCACAGCAUCACUGAGGGAACCUGGAGGAGCCAAGGGAUGGGGAGUUUCCAGCCGGUGGAGCAUAGAGAGGAACACAACCCAUCAGAAACUGCCAAAAUGCAACAAAACCUUCUGUGUAAUUAUUUAGUCUCAGCUGCAGGUUGUGUUCCUUGGCAGGAGGAACACAUAUAGUAUUGUUGGGAUGUCAGGGUAGUAUUUUUGUUGUGGAGAAAGUAAUCUGUGUGCGUGGGUCACUUUAUUCUGCAUUGCCUUUGAAGGACUUUUUGUUUCAAAAAAGUGCCUUUACAAAAAAGAUUUAGUGUUAUUUAUUGUUGUUGAAGAUACAAGUUGCGUGUACUUUGUGAUGUCAUUGUUUUAAUUGCGUGUUAGGACUAUUUUUGUAACAUCAAAAUCUUAUCAUUGAAAAUGUAUAUAAAAUAACUGUAUGAAGUGUAUAAAUA